CCCAAUUGCACAAUGAAGGUGCUCUAAUUCAAAGUUCAAACCCACUCACUAAUCUCAUCUUAGGCUAUGACAAAACUUCUAUUCCCACCGCAAAACGAAUUUGUUGAAUUCCUGCCCAAUCAAUAAUAGUAGUUGUGUUAUAUUGUCUAUGCAAUUUAUGGUUCCCAACAACUUAUUCACCCAAAUUCCUAAAAGAUCAAAACAUUCAUUAAUAUAUACAGUCCUAACCAAUAUUUAUUUCAUCACAAGUCCACCCCUUCUUCAAUACACACACACACACACUCCAAGUACAACAUACUCAAAAUUAACACAACAUGGAAUUGCAAUCAAAGCUACUAGCAUUACUCUCAUUGAACAUUUUCUGCCUCCUUUUCUACAAGGCCAAUGCAAAGGUUCCGGCAAUAAUCGUGUUCGGCGACUCCUCCGUUGAUGCUGGAAACAACAACUUUAUUCCAACGGUUGCACGGAGCAAUUUUCAGCCAUAUGGACGUGACUUUUUAGGUGGAAAAGCGACCGGAAGGUUCUCUAAUGGGAGAAUACCAACUGAUUUCAUAUCAGAAGCUUUUGGUAUAAAAGAAUAUGUGCCUGCAUACUUGGAUCCUAAGUAUAAUAUUUCAGAUUUUGCUACUGGUGUCAGUUUUGCUUCUGCUGCUACUGGUUAUGAUAAUGCAACUUCAGAUGUACUUUCUGUGAUACCAUUAUGGAAGCAAUUAGAGUACUACAAGGAAUACCAAAAGAAUCUGAGUUCAUAUCUUGGUGAAACCAAAGCAAAAGAGACAAUAUCCGAAUCAGUACACCUUAUGAGUAUAGGAACAAAUGAUUUCCUAGAAAAUUACUAUUCCAUGCCUGGCAGGAGAUCACAGUACACACCUGAACAGUACCAAACUUUUCUUGCUGGAAUAGCUGAGAAUUUCAUAAGGAAUCUAUAUGGUCUUGGUGCUAGGAAGAUAUCCCUUGGAGGGUUACCUCCCAUGGGAUGUUUGCCAUUGGAGAGAACCACAAAUUUUAUGGAGCAGAAUGGUUGUGUUGCCAGAUUCAAUAACAUAGCACUUGAGUUCAAUGAUAAGCUCAAGAAUAUAACUACUAAGCUCAACCAGGAGCUAACUGGAAUGAAAUUGUUGUUUUCAAAUCCGUAUUACAUUAUGUUACACAUCAUAAAAAAACCUGAAUCCUAUGGGUUUGAAUCAGCCUCAGUAGCAUGUUGUGCUACUGGAAUGUUUGAGAUGGGUUAUGCCUGCAGCAGGGGCAGAAUGUUCAGUUGCACAGAUGCUUCCAAAUUUGUGUUUUGGGACUCUUUCCAUCCAACAGAAAAAACAAAUAGUAUUGUUGCAAAAUAUGUGGUGGAGCAUGUGUUAGCUCAGUUUUUAGAAUGAAUUUUUAGAAAAAAUAGUACCACUAGUUGUGGAAUUUUUAGAAUAAUAGUACUAGUUGUGUAAUCUCGCCACUUUUGGACGUUCGCCAUAAAGGCCUUCUGUGUAUGGUGUGUGUGUGUGUGUGUGUGUGUAGAUAUAUAUGUGUAAGAAUGUUAAUACAGCACUUUCAUAAUAAAAUGUGCUGAUAUUUAGAAUAUGAGUCAUUUUGUUUGGACUAA